UGACUCUCCAGCCAGCUCACGGGCCAGGUGGUAUGGUGACAGGAGACUCUCAGAGACUGCCAGAGCGCAGAGGCCGACGGCGCAGACUCUCCCGGCCCCUUCCUCCAGACUCUGGACCGCUACGGAGGUCCCGCAAGAAGCUCCAAGUUAUCAUCUGUGUACUGCUCGUGGAGCUGUGUGAGAGAUUCACUUUUUUUGGCAUUGUGUGCAACACGAUUCUCUUCUGCACGGUGAAGCUGGGCUACGAUAACUACCUGGCCGCGACGGUCAACCUGUGCUUCAUAGGAGCCAGCACCCUGACCCCCGUCCUGGCCGGGUGGUUCGCAGAGACCUGCCUGGGAAGGAGCAAGGUGCUCUACUUGUGUGCUUUCCUUCAUUUCUUUGGCACAGCCAUGCUGCCCGUGGUGGCAUUCCCGUUUGAAGAUUUCUACAUUGACACUCAUCACAUGACGCACCAGCUGGAACCUCGGGAGCAGCAGAUCUUGUUCUACGUCGGCCUCCUGGCUGCUGCACUGGGCAUCGGCGGCAUCCGGGCCAUCCUCUGUCCCAUGGGGGCCUACAGCCUGCAGGGCUACAAUCAGCACCAGCUCCUGUCCUUCUUCAACUGGUUCUACUGGUUGGUCAACCUGAAUUCCACUGUUGUAUUUUUGGGGAUUGCUUACAUCCAGCAGUCUGUGGGAAAGAAUCUGGGCUUCCUCAUCCCCUUCACCUCUGUGCUGCUGGCUCUAAUCGCCAUACACAUGAUGAGAAACAAACUCACAUACAAACCGAAGAAAGGUGGAUCACUGUUGACCACAUUGGGAAUUUUCUUGAACUCUCUGAAGAUGUGCUGCCUCCACUAUCGUCACCUGAGUGGGGAUGUGGGCUCUUGGCUGGACCGGGCCAAGGAGAACAACGGCGGGCGCUACAGCGAGACACAUGUUGAAAACGUCAAAGUGCUGGCCAAGCUCUUCCCUCUUUAUGGCCUUCAGCUGCUUUACAGAGCCUGCAUCACACAGAUUCCCUCAGGUUACUACAUACAGACAAUGAACUCAAAACUUCACCUCAACAACCUCCUGCUGCCCAUCGGCGCCAUGAACGUGAUCAGUAUCCUCCCUCUGCUGCUCUUGGCGCCACUGAUCGAAUGCGUAACCACUUGUUACCUCUCCAAAGAGAAAACUCCUCCGGCCCCUGCAAAAGUCAUCACUUUGGGCCACGCGUGUGCCACCCUGUCGGUCCUGGUGGCAGGUUUGUCUGAGCUGCAGAGGAAGGCGUACCCUCUGGUGGAGCAGACGCUGUCUGGAAGAGUUCUGCAGGUGUCCUCCAUGCCAUGUUUCCGGCUGGCUCCUCAGUACAUCCUGCUGGGUCUCGCAGAGGCUCUCGUCACUCCUGCAUGUUCCCUCAUAUCUUUCCAGCUGACCCCGUGCCACAUCAGAGGGAUCUCCCUGCACUUCCUCACUCUGUCCUAUGGAGGAGGCUGCUUUCUGGGAGCCUUCAUCGUUCAGCUGGUGUUCCUUCUUUCUGGAGGAAACUUUUACCCAAGCAUAUUGCACGAUGGGAAUCUGGAGAGGUUUUUCUUCCUUCUGUCCACACUGAUGGCUGUAAAUACCUUUGUAUUUUGGAGCGUAUCCAACAGGUACAAAGACCUGACUGUGCAGGGCAAAGCACUGACCAUCAGCCCUCUGACUGAGAAGCUGCUGCAUUACAAGGCCUGUCUGCGCUUCUACGACACUGUGGAUUGCUCGUACACAAACCAAUCGGUUGAAUCUAUUUUAUGAUAGCCUUCAUUGUUACAUCUACAGUCGGUGGCGCUGGCGCUGCAUGUUAUGUCAAAGUCUUGGACUUGGGGAAUUGUGAACUGUACAAAAUGGUGUAAAAGGAAUGAUAAUGAUGGAAGUAUGUUGUUUUUACAAUCAUGUGUAACAAUGGAAUUUAUGAAUAGAAUUGAAGUUGUCCCCAAAAUAGUGAAUUAUGUUAAGAUACUUUUGCCAAUAGUGUUUAGAAGAAUGCAUUUAAAUAUUUGCUAAUUAAAACAAAUAAAUGUAUAAAUGUCA